AAAACAUUCAUCGAGUCAGAUUGUUAUGCUGAAAUAUGGCAGUAGUUUUUCUAUAUCUUUUUAUUAUGUCCUCUCUUUCUUGUAUUGAAGCAAUUUCGCCAAAAUCUGCACGAAGAGACGGCUUUGGUGUUAAACCGAAAGAUUCGGCGGAUUGCAUACCGGGGGCGUUUUACUACGGGCAUAACUGCGAGCAGUGCUUCUGCAAUCACCGUAAAUUUAAGAUAUGCACUGUUCCCCUUACGUGCAGGAUGGAUGAUAAAGUUCCCUCAUUAAAUGAACAAAUCCACCUCUUCAACCCAUCAAGAUUAUCCGACCUCCCCAAUGUACGAAACACCGGAGCCAAGUGUAAACCCGGCAAGUUAUACCGCGCGGAUUGCAACAGAUGCAUUUGCACCAAAUACGAGAGUCUGUUGUGCGAGAAACUACUAUGUCCGAACUAUGAAGAUACUUAUAAACUGCAGGCUCAGGAAAUUACUGGAAAACCCUGUGAGGCCGGUGACGUAAUGAGGCAAGAGUGUAUCGAAUGUGCUUGUCAGAACAGUACAUUUGCAUGUCACGUCAAGAAAGACUGUAAUCCUUCAGUUCAGCCACUCGGAGAGAAGAAAAAGAAAUGUGUUCCGGGUCAAAAGUAUCCAAAUUUACCCAAUAGACCACCAUGUAUUUGUACGGCCAAGGGCGAGCGACAUUGUUCAUCGUCAUUAAUUCUCGUUGGAGCCCCGAGGAAGCAAACAAGGCCUCUGGAGCCCGCGUUCUUGGACCCACGCAGCGGGAAGAAGUGUACGCCGGGUGUGGUUUAUACAAAAGAAUGCAACAAGUGCACAUGUUCAAAAAACCACCUUCUUCGCUGCACAAGAAUGAAGUGUCUCAGCGAAGACGAGGCAUUAAAACUAUUCGAGGGAAUUCGCAGGCCUCGCAAACAUCGACGUCGGCCUCUUCCUGAAAAAACGGUUCGUCCGCCAAUACGAACUGAAGGGCAAACUCAGGUAAUAGUUAUAGAGUGA